AUGCGUGUCAAGAUCGGUCUCUGUAUUCUCAUGGGCUUCGGUAUUAUACUUGUUUCAACUGUGAGGUCUUCAUCUGAGCAGCACUCCAAUAAACCAAUCAAAUCAACUGAACUACAUUCAUACUCCAUUUCUUCCAAGAGCACAGCUCGACCACGACACCCCACACCUGGAAUGAGUAUCUUGGAAGGCAAGGAUAGCGAAGAAAAUAUCCUCCCUGAAGUUGAGGAAGGCGCCAUCAUGAAAACCACCGACAUCAGCCUCCAUUAUGAAAGUGGAUUUGCCACACGGGAGACUGGGGAGCACGAUGGGCAGGUCAUGCCUACUGAACGAAUCUAA